CCGCUGAGUAUUACUGAGAAUCGCACCGACUCUUUCGCAACACCGUGUGUAGAUAGUGCUCCACGAUGCUUUAAUCUCACGGACAAAACUACGGAUUCCGGAGCCGCUAGAAACGACAUCGGCAUAAUUCAUACAGGUGAUCAAUAUAUGUUAGCGUAGCGUUAUUCAAAGAGUGACAGACGGUUUCCCCCUCACUCUCAUCACGGGCUCUAGCGGGGGAGGAUAUCUGCAACUUGGAUAUUGAAAAUACACCUCGUGUGCUUGGAAAUUUCCGACAGUCCCUAUUCCUCCGUGGAACUAUUUCCUUGGAGAAAAGCUGAAACAUUAAUCCAAAUCUGGGAAACCAUCAAUCUUGCCAUCCGGAGGGAUUACGGUACCUUUGUUAUUUGUCAGUCACAUCGAAAAAGAAUACAAUUCACGUCAUUUGAUAGCCUUCGUGAAACUUUAUCUCUACAAAAAUAUCGAAUCCAAGAACAGCAAUGUAUCCCACUGUUUUCUGCGCCCGUCGUCAUAUUACUUGGAGCGAUUGCAAUUUAGUCUUACAACACAAAUAAUUAUUGCGAAUGAAACUUUUAAUAUGUAAAGAUGUGGAAAAACGUAUUUGAAGUAAUAAUGAAUCAGCAACGUUUUCUAAGAAAGAGGCCAUUGAGUAUGGAUAUUCACGCAUGCAUUCAUACGAAAAAGUUAAAAUACCAAUAUGCCUGAGUUCUAUUCUAUAUCGACGGUAUUUGGGAUUUAGUUCAGACUAAAGAACGAAAAUGACAGCUGUCAGUACCAUGGAUAAUUUGACAUACGAAGUGUACGAAGCGCUUUCCUACUUGAACACUACAACAAACGCCUCUACGAACAACGCCUCGGAUGUUGCUGGUCCUUCCAACACGGCCCUAUACAUCGGCGGCAUUGUCAUGCUGAUUGUUCUGUUGUGGGGUUUGUUUGCCAAUAUACUGAUCCUGAUAGUCAUCUUUACAAAGAGAGACUUGAGCAAUAUCAUUAACAUUUUUAUUAUUAGUCUCUGUAUCAACGACAUAAUAAACCUCGGAUUCAAUAACAAUCUGGUGAUGCUAUCCUAUUUUCUGGGGAAAUUUCCUACUGGUAUAUUAGGAUGUGAACUAGCAACACACUUUACGGUCCUGUUUAUGGGUUCCUCAUUAUGGCAUACGGGGCUUAUUGCCAUUCACCGACUAAUAGUUGUCGUAUUUAAUGACUUCUACAAGAAAAUAUCCAAGAGAGCGUACACGUGUUUCGUUCUAGUGUUUGCUAGAGUAAUACCUCUCUUGUUUUUAGCACAACCAUCGCUAGGACAGAUGGCGUAUUAUGAAUCUAGACUAUUGCGAUGCAUCGUUAAGAAGAAUCACGGCCCCUACAACCUCCUCGUCAUUGUCUUUCUAAUGAUCCUCCCAUCCAUCAUUCUCGUCGUCUGCUACAUAGCCAUUUUUAUUAAAGUCCACCAAUCAUCAAUAGCGUUUAGAGUUUCGCGCCAAAAGGAGUGGCUAAAGCGGGAAAUCAAGAUUACAAAGAUGUUUGGAAUGGUGUUUCUUUUGAUAGUGAUCGGAUACUUGCCCUACGGAAUAGUGCGGUCCAUUGACAAACAAUUACAACUAAGUGCCGAUUUUUAUGUGGCGAUUACGGUUUUCUUUGCAAUAGGUAAUUGUUGCAAUCCAAUCGUCUACGGGGCAAUGGACAAGUCAAUUCGCCUGGAGUGCUUAAAAAUAUUUCAUUUGACCAAAGAUCAAGAGAAGGACAAUGGAAAUGCACACGGAAUUGCUCAAACCACUCAUAUGAUCGUGGACCCUGAGGACGUUACUGAGGAAAUCCCUCUCAAUAUGUCCACCAAGAAUACACAAACAAAUGAAAGUUUCACCAAAUGAAAAACGAAUGAACUCAAAACAUGAAUAAAAAUCAUUGUGAAAUUUCAGGUUCACUUGCCCUGACAUGUUGUUACGUGAGUAAUAAGUGUGUGAACAUUGUAUCUUGUACGACAUUUUGAGUAAAUCUGGGAUAUUGUGUUGUGAAGUAAAGAAUUCUGUGAAUCUGUUCACUGUUGUAUGUAUUAUUUCCACAUCUUGGUACAUGUAUAAGUAAAUGGUACGUUAUGUAUAAGUUGGAGCCGUCGUAAUUAAUGCGUCUAAUUAUCAUCAACACAAGAAUAAUACAAAAAACAUGUUUGUAAAUCAUAUGCCCCUUCCCCCAACUGAAAUAUUGAAAUUCAUGGUGACCCGUGGACAUGAAAAGGAAUAAGGGUUAUAUACUUAAUCAAUUUGCUUAUGAAGUUUCAUGACUUUAUGUGAAAGGUGACCCUAAAAUCAGAAAGGGUUUUGACUUUUGGACUAAGGCUACAUUAAUUAAUGGGAUCACCCGCUAAUUAUGUUUAACCAGAGUAUUAAGUUUGAUGUUUGGCAUAAUGAUUACAAGAUAAUGAGCGGACACCGCCUGGUCCACUGGCAGAUCGAUCGACAUGUGCAAAUCAAUUUUUCUCUUGUUUGAUAGGGAUAUAUAGCUUAAGGAAAUCUCGCUUAACAGAAAUGAUAUUAGGACUGGCAUUUUAAGAGAAAAGCUAAAGCACCAUCUUUAACACAGCAUGGGGAGGGGGUUUGAUGUUGUCGGGUUGGAGGUUGGAUAUACUGAAGUCGCCCAAAGUCGUAAGUAUAGAAAAAAGUUGGCACAGGUUGUCAGGUAAUCUUUUAUCAUUUCUUUCUAUUUUAGAAAAUGAAAAACUAAUACGUAACUAAUACAUCGGAUUAUUGAACAAUUUGAUUUUUUCGCUUGCGAUUUGUCUCAUACUCUGACUUUCUAUUUACUCACAGAAUUUACAAUGUGUAGUUCGCCAGUAUACAUGUAUGAUUACUCUUUUUAGAGAAUGGAAUAAAGUAUAUUGUAAUUAUGGCUCAAAUAACUCGCACCAGAAACAGGACACUGAUUCUUUGUUGUAUGUUUUAAAUAUCUACCUUCUUGUUUGUAAUUAAAGAGUAUAAACAGAUAA